UUGAACAGCAUCCAUCUAUUCUUCCAACAAUGCCUUACUGUAUGUCAUGAAAUUAUGUGUAAAAUAUAACCUAUUUUUAAAACCUUGUGUAAAGGUGUGUUCUUAAAAGCAAUCGCUCUGGGCGUUCGUUAAUUCAGAGCGUUGUCAGAUUGUCCGGUCAUAAAUUCUGAGCGUUUCGCUCAUGGAGCAUUCAGUGAGCGCACACUGGACACGAGCGGAGGAGUAGGAUUGAUCCGAGUGUUCUGAUCUCACAACCGCAGACAAAUAAACAAGCUAAUCGACCAAUUUCUGGAACCGUGACGUCAAAGAAAAAAUUUGAGUUGAGACUGCUGACUCACUCUUUCCACGUUUGCCGUUCAACCCGGAUUCACUCCAAACUUUGAUCUCCUGCUUACAUUCAUUAUAAUUUCUGCAGAAAAUGGAAACCUAUAGAACACACAUUGUCAUGUGGACUGUCCUGUGGUUAGUAGCAGUCUUCCUGUGUGCCUCAGCCCAUUUGGAGCCGCUCCAAGCUAUUGUGGGACAAAACGUCCUUCUGCAAUGCCCCUGCAAGAAGAGAAACGAGAGAAUGGACAUUAAAUGGCAGUUAGAAGACCAUACCACCGUGCUUCACCACAGUGGGAGUCAUAACACCACAAACAUCGGGGAAGGAUAUCAAAACAGGGUCAGUCUCUUUCAGAAUGAAGACAAAGACAACUGUUCCCUGCUCCUCUCAGGCAUCACUGUCGCAGACAAUGGAAUGUACAAAUGCUUCUUUCAAACCGAGACUUUGGUCUACAUUCACAUCACUCUGAAUGUGGUUGCCAGCUACAGUGUCUGUAUGUACCAGGUACUAGACCAGGCUUCGGUGGGUUUCGGAUGGGGAGAGGGGUUCGGGGUGUACCAGUGUAAAGCCAACGGGGGAUACCCAAAGGGCCAGAUUCACUGGAAGAUGGGUGGACAUCCUCUGGUGAACACCUCCAGGAGGGAUGAGACCCACCUGGAUAACUCUACAGGACUCUACAGUCUGACCAGCAACCUGACCAUGGAUCGGAGUCACGGUGAAAAACUGCAGUGUAUGGUGGAGAACACAGACCAGGCUUCUAAACUCAACUCCACCUGCAAGGAAAAGCCUGUAUACAUUAGAGAGAGUCUAUUGGAGAGUCCUGAUAAAGUAGCAGUAGCAGCAGGUGUGUCUGUCAGCGUGGUUGUGAUGCUUGUUGCGGGAGUCCUGCUGGUGAUCUUCUUACUGACGAGAUGUCACCGGCGUGAAACGUCAACGAAGCAGAGAGACAUGGAGGAAAGAAGCGUGACCCAGCAGUUGAACAUGUAUGAACACUGAGUGUGUGGAGCAUCUUCUCCCUCUGAUACAACAAUCUCUCCUCAACUGACGGACGACAAAAUGGAGGAUGGUGACUUGCAACAAGACAAUCUGAAACUUAAAAUAAUGCCUGUGUUCAAAGUAGCAAUGUGGAGCAGCAUUGAGCAAUGUGUUGUACUGUCAUGUCUGAACUAUAUUCUGUGGUCAUUAUGCGAUGAGGCAGGAAGUGAAAGAGAAGUGGAGAACAGCAUGAUGGGAGAAAUGACUGGUCAAGGGACUGAACAUGAGCUGAACUCAGUAAAUGAAGUCCAGAGAAAUCCCAAGAAAUAAAGUAGACCUAAGGCAGCCUGUAUAUUGCAAUUAUAGAGUUUACUAACUACAGGUACAUUCACAUUUCUAAGAAGAGAAGCAGAUGAUACAGGACUACUAUAGUUAACAAGAGUUUCCAUGAUGGCUGUUACAUACAUCUACCGCAUGUUCCUAGUGUUACCCAUUUGAAUCAUGUUGAUAAUUUAUGUUGAUAAUUCAUGUUGAUAAUUAGUUUUCAUGUACAGCAGUCAUUUCGCCAUUUAAAUGUGAAUUUAAUUAUCUGAAUAUGUGAAGAAUUGGACAUGAUCAAUGUUUUCAUUGCUGCUUAUUAUUUUUAUUAUUAUGUAGCUUGCUGUGAAACAAGCAUGUCAUGGAAUGACUAAAUCAAAAGAUUAGUAACUCUUUGGUCCAGGGUCCGUUUUGUUGUAUUAUUAACCAUAUUGGUUAAGCUUACAACACAGGAAGAGCUGAUCGGAAAUCAGGGAAAUAAAAUUACUUUUUAUAGGUCUUGUCCCGAGGGACCAAUACAAGUUUCACAUCUGUGUUCAUAUUUAUUUUGUGAGAAAAAAAACUACAGACAUUAUACAAAUACACAUAUAUCCACCCACCCCUCCCCUUUCCACCCACAUGACCUGCUUAUUUGAGUACAAAUAUCAAAGUUGUGAUUUUAAACUGUUAAUUGUUGGAGUCCCUAUGUUGAUACUUGGUUGCCUGGGUGGUAGGUACAGUGUAGUUAGUCAUCAUUAAGCAGUAAGAGAUUGGCAAGACAAGGGAUUGGUUUAGAUAAAAUGCUUGAUAAUGAUGAAGCCACAGACUGCCAAAAGGAGAACAUCUGUUUUAAUAUUUUUAUACCACUUUUAUACCAGUUGUAUUUUAUGCUGUAAGUGACAAUACUGGCUGUUUUUCUGUGUGUGAAAGUAUUGUUCAGUCGUUUUUAUGUGUUUGUAGUGUUGGAAAGUAGCUGAAAUUGUCUGCCCUCUUCCCUCUUGGUGUUUCUUUUUCAAAUAAACUGUAUGUACUGUGAAUAUGAAAUUAGAUAAUAAACACUAUAUUAAAUGCCAUAAUAAACCCUA